AUGAUUGAUAAAUUUCAUCAUGACAUUAGAUUUUCCAGCACGGAUCGAGAGAGGGAUGUGAUCAUGGAAGUGUGUUUGAAGCAUGGGAGGGAGAAUAUGGAUACUUUCGAUGAUCCACAUGCUAAUUAUUUUUACAUCCAUCUUCAUAUCAUCUAUGAGCCGAGAGUUUUGAUUCCCUUUACCACUUUUGAGACAAAUUUUUUGACUACUGCUAAUGUCACCCCUUCUCAGGUUACCCUGAAUUUAUGGGGCAUACUUAGAGCUUUCCAGAUAUUCUGGUGUAGUUUGGGUGUAUCUUCCUUCGUCGAAGUGUUUCUCUAUUUCUUCAAGACGAAACUUCUUCCCACUAAUGGGGAAAGGGAAAACCUCUUUUUUCCUUUAUCUUGGUCUUCUGAUCCAAGACUUAAUGAAAGGAUGGACCCACAUGCCUUUUCCCCCCUCGAGCGCGAAGUGAUUCGGGUUUUGAGGUGUUUCUGCUCUAUGGAGUUUGGCAUCCAUAUUAACCAGGAUCAUGAAGAUGAUGAUGGAAUAAAGGCAUAUUUAAAUGGUGAGGGUCCCCCUAUUGAUGAGAAAAGGGAGCGUCUGGUCCUCGCUCACCUUGAAGAAGUUAAGGGUUUGAAGAAAUCACUUAAGGAUGAAGUUGUGAUGGUCUAUGUCCAUCAUUUUGAGAAGGAGAGAAAGCAGGUUGUCCUUCUUUAUCCUAAUUUGGACUUGAGCUCCAUGGAUCCUUUUUAG